CUUCACAUGAUCUUGAGUUGUACGAGAGUGAGGAUGAAAACCCAGGCAAUGACAACCAUCACGGCUCCACGGGGUUGGCUAGUGAACAGCCGUCGAAGGAAUGUCCUAUUUGCCGUUUUGUGUCCAAUGAUGAGCUCAGAUACAACUACGGGUGUCGGAGUUGCUUCAGUUGUCGUGCCUUCUUCAGGAGGGCUGUUCCACGAAUGGAUCAGCUGACUUGUCAACAUGGAGGGAAAUGUCUGAUUGAUUGUUCCAACAGAUCAAGAUGUCGAAAGUGCCGAUUCGACUCGUGUCUACGGCACGGAAUGAAUCCCACUCAUGUGAUGGAUGAAGAUGCUAAGAGGAAGAGAUUUUGGAAGGCCCACCAGAAGAAAAAGAGCGUUGCCAGUCAAAAUGGCGGUAAGAAGAAGUUGCUCGAAGAGCAGUCCUCGGACACAGCUCCUUCGGGUUCCCGACGAACCACAUCUUUCAAUGCUGCUUUAAGUUCAGACAGUUCCACCCUCUCCAAUGACGACUCCUCUCCCAUCAAAACAGAACCAAAAGAAGCAAUAAAAACGGAGCGAGUGGACGAGUUCCAUUCGCUGGAGAUGACCCAAGAUCAGCUGAGUUCUGUUCCGGCCAUUUGCGCGGUCAAGAGUGCUCCUCCUGCUUCAAACCUGUCUUUUCAUUUCCAGGGAAGUAACGGCAUUGCUCAACCCCGUUUUAGGGAGUUGGGUGUUGAUGGGAAAUCAAAUCCAUUUAGUCCCUGUUCCAGUAAUGGGUUGUUCUCUACCGUUAGUUCUGAGGAUUCAGUAGUAGUUUUAGCGAAUUCCCUUCCUGAAGGCAGGCAAAGUGAAUCAAAAUCCAGGACUCGGCUUAUCACCAUGUUAAUGUCUUGGCGAAAGAUUAUUGACACUCAUAUUGAUAUAGACUUUGCCACGUUAAUGGCCUUUCAAGCGGCACAUUUCAACCGCAUUCCACUUCCCAAGAAUCUCAUGAAGGCGCACUUGAACCAUUUGGACCAUUUAAUCAGUAUGUGGGUACAAUCUUUGGCCGAGUUUCAGGCUCUGAGCCUCAACGAUCGUAAAAAUCUUUUAGAAGAAAAUCGAUCAAUGAUAUCGUCUUUCGUUGUUGCCAAAUACCUCAGCCAUGCCUCUUCUGGCAAGGACCAAGUGAAGUGGUUGCUUCUCGGAUCCAACAAGUAUGGACAAUGGCUCAGAACCGCACAUUUAGAACACAUUGUCAACUUAGACAUGUUGAAUUUUGACUUCAGUAGCAGCCUUUUUGAGGAACCUCAAUCCAAGUCAGCAAUCAAUCACCUCGCCCAGGGGAUCCACCAAUUCAAGGUAACUGAAGAUUGGCUUUGCGUCAUUUCAUUUGCAAGUGCCUUCUUCACCCAACCGAAUUCGGUAAUCGUGUUCGAGGACCAAACCACAAUUUUCAAUACGUUCUUUGACUCCAUGGAAUUGGUGGAUUGCUUGCAAUGGGAAGUUGGGAACUUUUGGAACUUCUUGGAAAAAAUCAAACAGCUCUCAAAGCUGCUAGAGGGGCUAGAUUGGUCUGAAAGCCUCAUCGCAUCUCCGAAAAACUUAUACACCUUGGAUGAAGCCAAAGUGAUAAACAACUUGAUCUCUAGCUUCAAUGAAAAAUGCAAAGGCAUCAAUUACGGUGUGGAAUCCGUUCGUGAGGUUGUGAUGAUGACAUUGGAAGUUCCACCUUCUCCACAAUUUUGUGAGCUCCAGGGUAUCAUUUGGAAACGGCGUAUGGCAGCCAUUUUGGAAUCGUUUCCACAAUUCUGUUCCUUAAGUCAAAGAGAGAAAUCUACCAUAGUAAGCAAGUCAUUUUUCACCGCUACCGGCGUGCUGUCCUGUUGGAACGACCGAUUCAAGAACUUCGAGGAUCAGCUCUAUUUUUUAUUUGGUAAAGACGACCUGAAAUACUUUGGAGAGAAUUACAAAACGAAGUACCCUCUCGGUAACCAUAGAAUACUGACGGUCGAAAGCGUGAUGAAAUAUCGAGGUCUGGAUGUCACCGAGAGUUUGGAGCCAUUGCGACUUGGACAGCAGCAUCUUGAGGACUUCAUCGUUUCUUACGAGCUCUGCUUGCUGAUUCUAGUGGUGGCCCUCCUCUCACCAGCUCGCUAUGAGCAUUCUCCUUCUAGCGAAAUGCAAGCAAUGGAGUCCUUAUGUGUGCAAUUUGAAGGAAUUCUUAUUCGGAAAUCGGGUGAAAGUGAAGACUUUGUUAAGAAUAAGUUGGCCAAAUUGGACCAUCUUCGAGAAGGUCUCCAAAACUUCUGGAUUACUUGCAUGAAUGUCAAGUGAUAUAUUGUCAAUGUGAUUCUUCGAUUGAAAACCCUAUGUGAUGAACAUGUACUCAAUAAUAGACUCUUUUUGUUUGUCCA